AUGACGAUCACGAAGAAGCUUGAAAGACAAAAGUUAAAAGCUAUGGAGCCAAAAAGGGGAAACGAAUUGGAUGGUUUCAAGGCGGAGGAAUAUUGGUUGAAUAAAGAAGGAUGUCCAGUUGGAACUGUGCCGAUACGUAAAAUAACAAAGAAACAACUCCAAAGGGAUCUAGAUGCCUCCAUGAGCUUGGGUAAUCAGUACUUUGGAUAUAAUUGGAUUGAUGUGCAUCCAAGUUUGAAUGGUGACACACGAACUCAUUUGUAUACCAAGUGGACAGUGGAUAGCUAUCAGAAAACAGGAUGUUACAACACAAAGUGUCCGGGAUUUAUCCAAUUAAGUCGUACAAUACCUAUAGAUUAUGCUUUUCCAAGGACCUCAGAAAUAGAAAGUUAUUACAAAGAGGAAGUGCUUCUCAGGUUGUAUCAGACAAAAUAUUUUGAUUAUCAUCUUACUAUGCCGGUGAUGAAUGAGGAGAUAGGAAUGUGGCCCUAUGAAGUGUUCAACAAAUUGACUGAAAAUGCAGGGGACUUAGUGCAAUACGGAGGGAAAGUGUACACACCAGGAGGUCAAUAUAUUACGCCUCCUAUGGGAAAUGGUCAAUUUAGAGGAGGACAUUGGCUGCUCACUAGUUAUAUGCGCAAAGUCUUGUAUGAAAUAGAAGUAGAUGGCCACAAACAACAAGUUUCACCAGAUGAAUCUAAGGUUGAACCUCGUGAAUCAAGGUGUUUUUACGAAGGCAAUCAUUAUAAUGCAAAGGAUGGCUACUGGGACUAUAACUUUUUAUUUGGGGGUGCAGGUGGUGGAGAUCAAAGUGAAUUUUGUCAGUAUUAG